CUUAAACAUAUGUAUAUAAACUAACAACAACAAAAAUAUAAGUGACAUGAGAUUUUGCUGAACCACUCCCCUUGUGUUCUCUUUUAGGAGAAGCAGUACGUCGAAUUUCGGUGCAGAAAUCCCCGAAAAAUGUUCCAAACACUCGGAUUAAAAAACAAAAUUAUAAAAAAUAUAAAGAAGUUGUAUAGAACUAGAAACAUUUAUGGUACAUUUAUGGAAAUCCAAAUACACUUAAGUUCAGAACUAUAAGCGCGUUCAAAUCUACCAGUUCGGGCUCUCUUGCGAACUGAUUCUUUAUUCAACAGCAUGGCUGCCGCUACACGAAAUAAUCCUAAUGAAGAAAAUGGAGAGAGCGGGGGGAGUGGUACCAGGGCCAACACCAGCAGUAACAAUAACAACAACAAUAACAGCAGUUGUAACAACAACAACAAUGACGACAGUACAAGCCGUAAUCAACCAGUGAUGGACGAAAUGGAGAUGAAAUUGAAGCGUCAAACGCUGGAACAACGCAAACAGGAUCUGGAGCGGGUACUUAGCGAAAAGAAUUGGCUGCUGCAACAAAUACAAAAACAAGAGACGCAAAUAUUUAAUGGCAACUAUGAGUACUUGAAUGUAAAUGAUAUCUUUGCAAUGUUGGCACGACAAUAUAAGAAAGAAUUCGGUGGCAUUGGAGCCGGCGAUGUUGGUAGCACCGCUGUUCUACGGCGGAAAACAAUAAGCGGAACCUGUAAGGAUAAUCCGGCAAACCACAACAAUACAAGCAAUAACAACAAUCGCCAAUCAGAAAUUUCAAAUCGUUCAUCGGAAUAUGACAAUUAUCCUGCUGGGGAUUCGAGUAUUAGUGACACCAAUACAGCCAGUCUUAAUGUUGGCGCUGCGCAACAACAGCUUACCAAGAGUCAGUCAAUGAAGAAACGUAGCACCACAACGCCUACUACGACAUCUGUGGGCAACUACAAUUACUUGCAAGCACAGCAGAGACAGCAACAGUUGCUGCAGCAGCAGAUGUUGCAAAAUCAUAUGCAAUAUUCGGCUUUGAUCCAACAUCAGCACUACCAUCAUCAACAACAUCAGAUGCUUCAAUAUCAUCAGGGGCAUGAGGAGCAACAGCAACCGCAGCAACAACAGUACAAGCAGCAAAUCUCCCCUUCACAGUCGCAAUCGCGACACUAUCCAGCUGACACUAUUUCAUUGUACUCCGUUAAUUCAGCGAGUGUUGCCACUUUGCGUCAGCAACACAUUGCACCACAGCAACAGGCGAUUGUAGUGCAAUGCGACCGCUACUAUCUAUCGCCCACGCAUCAGAGCUACAAUGAUGGUGGUUUCAUUAAGUCCAGUCAAAAUAUUAAAAAAUAUGUUUCGCCUCAGGCAUCGCCAACGCAUCACGGGGUCAUACAACAUUCACAGCAUCCUUACCAACAAGAUUUGCAAGUGACAACAGCAGCUGCGGCCGAACAAAAGUAUCAGCACCACCAGCAACAACCGCAACAACAACAAAAAUGUAUACCACUCCAGCAGCUGCAAUCUCACAUCUUACUACAUCAGCCGCAGCAUGCUUCUAGUAGACAGCUAGAUGCCAUCUCGCUAGCUCCUUCGUACAUCUCUGUCGAUGUGGAAAGUGCAGCAACACAUAAUCCGCGCUGGCGGUCCCAAAGCAAUCUGCCACCCAUUUCACCACAUACACCACCACACAGAGGAUUGGCAUACAAUCAAAGUCAAAUCGCUGCAGACACGAAGUCGCAUUCAAGUGAUAUGUUGUCAAGUAAUGCAUAUUAUAACACAUCGGCAGCGUUGCCGGCAGCAUCAAUUAAGUCACUGACGAAGCCUCUCGACGAAAUAUCCAUUUCUUCGUUGAAUAGCGAAACGCAAAAAACCAAACCACCGAAACCCAAACAGUGGAUGGAGUCGUCUCUAGAUGGUCCGGUAAUGCGGCAAGCACCAGCAGCCGGCGGUAAUUCUGCACAUUUGCAGGACAUAUUCCAUAACACAACCAGUUCACCACGCAUGCCAACAAAUAAAUCACAAACGGGCGCGGCCACUCUGUCUGGGGGUGGUGGGGGCAGUGGCCCAAGUGUCCCACGUGAACGUGGAAAGCUCUCGUCACAGUCCAUGUCAUGCGCACCACGCCAUUACUCCAUGUCCGCAGCUUCGCACAAAAACCCAUAUUCCCAAACAAAAAUGCUACAGGAUGACGAUGGACGCUACGCCAAACUAAGUCAGUCUACAUCCUAUCUCAAUAGUAGGGAGUCACCUUCAAUAUCGGCUGCAUAUCCAUUGGACGGAAGCACGAACAGUACCACCAUUGAACUACCAACACCGACAACAAUAUUCAAGUACUUGCCGCCGAAACCCAGUACCGCAGUAAAUGCUGCUCGCCAGCUAACUCCACCACCUCCUCCACGGCCACCACCUAUUGCCGAGAAAGCCAUGGGAGUAGGUGGUGGUGUUAUAGUUACCAAUGCUGGUGUAGUAUCCAGCGCUUUGUCUCCGACGGAUAUACGUAUUGAAUCGCCAAAAAAUAUCACAGUGGUAAAACCAGCUACUUUCCGGCCGUAUCAGGAGGAGACCAAACCUUUUGAAAUGUCAGAUUUUUAUAAAUAUUCUACUAAGUUUCGACAAAAAGAGCCAUCAGCUCCGAAUUUAGAGCAUUAGAAUUAGUGAAUGUGCUGAAUUACGCAAAGUAGACAAGCAUCACAUUUUAAAUGACUUCACAUUUUAUAAAAUUUGUAGCAAUGUGGUCAGUUAGGAAAUAUUAAUACAUAUUAGAUCAAUGACUUUAUAGACUUGAAACAGUUUUAUGGAAUUAUUAGUGUACUAUUACUUUUUAUAUAUGUAUGCAUGCAUAUACAUACAUACGUUGUUAAAAUUUGCGUAGUUUAUAGAUCGGUAACUUAUGUAAGAACACUAGGGAUAGUGAGAACCAUGAUCACUACAAUUCAUGUAUAUAGGAGUGCUGGAAAACAAGAAAACCCAUUAUGAAACUAAGAAAUUAGAGAAGCCUUAAUAUAUCGUCGCUUGGCGUGCAAUACCUCGCAAUCGCCAAACGCAAUACCACGUAUGAGGUGACUGAGAAAAAAAAAUAUUUUCGGUACCCUGUCUCAGCGCUUGCCUACUUCACAAAUUUAAUUGUCAAUCAUUUUAGUGGAAGCCCAUAUUUAAUAAGUUCAGUUAAAAAACCAUUCAAAAGUUGAGAAGAAAA